AUGCCGGGGGAGGUUACACUUACCUUGAGUGAGCGAAUGGCUAGUGCAGUCUCUGGAUCACUGAUUACAUCUUUGAUUUUAACACCAAUGGAUGUUGUCAGGAUUAGACUUCAGCAGCAGGAGUUGCUUCCUGAUUGUUCAUGUGAUGGUGGUAAAACUGGGAGACAGGCAGUUUCUUCUUUCGUUAAACAUUCUAGCGAUCAUGCAAUUUUUUGGCAAACAUUCUGCUUCCAAGAUAUAAACUGUAAGAAUACAUCAAUUAGAUAUUCUGGUACUUUAGAGGCCAUGAGGAACAUUGCACAUGUGGAAGGUAUUCAUUCGUUAUGGAGAGGUCUAUCGUUAACUUUGUUUAUGGCCAUUCCUGCUAAUAUUGUUUAUUUCACUGGUUAUGAGUAUAUAAGAGAUAUAUCACCAUUGAAGUCCAGUUUGCCAACUUUUAACCCUGUGAUAUGUGGUGCUUUAGCAAGAGUUAUAGCAGCAUCUAGUGUUGCUCCAUUAGAACUGUUAAAGACGAGACUACAAAGUAUACCCACAUCUUCUAAAAACACUAAGAGCUUAUUACUAAUCAAAGAUCUGCUGAAGGAAACUCGAAAUGAGGUACAAUCAACUGGUUACAAAGCUUUGUUUAAAGGGUUAGAAAUCACGCUAUGGAGAGAUGUCCCAUUUAGUGCCAUCUAUUGGGGAACGUACGAAUUUUGUAAAAGAAAUCUUAUGAUUAAGGACUCAUCAAGUUCCAAUAUAUUCCAUUUCAUGAAUAGUUUUAUACAUGGUACUAUCAGUGGCACGAUAGCAGCUCUUAUAACGCAUCCAUUUGAUGUUGGCAAAACUAGGUUGCAAAUAUCGCUAGUGAAUAAUGAUAAUAACACAUUGACUAAAGUUGAAAAACCAUCAAAGAAUUUGUUUAGAUUUUUGAACAAUAUUAAGAAGAAUGAAGGAAUAAGAGCUUUGUACGCUGGGCUAAUGCCAAGAAUAUUUAAAAUUGCACCAAGCUGUGCUAUAAUGAUAUCAACUUAUGAAUUGUCAAAGAGAAUAUUCGAUAAGUGA